AUGACCAUCCUCAUUGAGCAGCCUGAAUUUGGAGUUGAAGUUGGAACUGAGGCAGGGGAGAAAAAGGUGUUUGAGGAUGAGAAGGAAUUGGUGUUGGACGAUGGAUUAUUUGUGGUGCCACAUACCAACUCAUUUGGACAGACAUUUAGGGAUUAUGAUGCAGAAGGUGAGAGGCAACCAAGUGUGGAGAUUUUCUACCAGAUAAAUCACAUCAACCAGACUUAUGACUUUGUUCAGAGAAUGAGAAAAGAGUACAGCAAAUUGAACAGGGUGGAGAUGAGCAUAUGGGAAUGCUGUGAGCUUCUGAAUGAGGUUGUGGAUGAGAGUGAUCCGGACUUAGACGAACCUCAAAUCGAGCACUUGUUGCAAACAGCUGAAGCCAUUAGAAAGGACUAUCCCAAUGAAGAUUGGCUGCACUUGACUGGCCUUAUCCAUGAUCUUGGGAAGGUGCUUCUUCUUCCUAGCUUUGGGGAGCUUCCUCAAUGGGCUGUUGUUGGUGACACAUUCCCAGUUGGCUGUGCUUUUGACCAAGCCAAUGUUCAUCACAAGUAUUUCAAGGAAAAUCCUGACUACUAUAAUCCUGCUUACAACACCAAAUUUGGAGUUUACUCAGAGGGAUGUGGACUCGAAAAUGUAAUGAUGUCGUGGGGGCAUGACGACUACAUGUAUUUGGUGGCCAAGGAGAAUAAUUGUACUCUACCCUCAGCAGCUCUGUUCAUCAUUAGAUACCACUCAUUCUAUGCUUUACACAAGGCAGGAGCAUAUAAGCACUUAAUGAACGAAGAAGAUGUCGAAAAUCUGAACUGGCUUCAAGUAUUCAACAAGUAUGACCUUUACAGCAAGAGCAAGGUACGGAUUGAUGUUGAGAAGGUGAAGCCAUACUAUCUCUCUCUCAUUGAAAAGUACUUCGCUUCCAAGCUAAGAUGGUGA